AUGUCAGCGCAAACAGCACCAGCGCCCGUCAGCCACCAGCAGGAGCACCUCGAGAAGGAGCUCGCCUUCUACGGCUCGUACCACUCGAACACUAUGAACAAGAUCAUCCACUUUUGCUGCAUCCCUCAGAUCUGGUGGUCCACCCUCAUCAUCUUUGGCCACGUCUUCAUCCCCGAGUUUGUCAACCAUGACCUCGCCCCGUACCUCUCGGCCCGUCUCUCGGUCGGCACCCUCUUCGCGAUCGCGUUCCAGCUCUACUACCUGAUCCUUGACCCCUUCAUUGGCGCCACCUACCUCCCGGUUAUGCUCAUCGAGUACUUCACGUCGGCAUACUUUGUCGCCCACCCUCCCGCGUGGCUGCCGUGGCAGACUGCUUUCGGCCCCACCCCGUCGUCGCUUCCCUUUGCGUCGGCCAUGUGGGUCAGCGCCUGGAUCUUCCAGUUCAUUGGCCACUUUGUCUUUGAGGGUCGUGCCCCGGCUCUCACUGAGAACCUCACGCAGGCCCUUGUUACUGCGCCGUUCUUCGUUCACAUCGAGACACUGUUUGGUGUCUUCAACUGGAACCCCACGCUCCACAAGCGUAUCAACAACGCCAUCUCUAAGCGCAUUGUGGCGAUGAACAAGGCCAACCGCGAGAAGGCAGCCAAGAAGGCCCAGUAA